ACAUAAAUUUUUCGCGUAUUAUCCGAAUAACUUACCGUAUGACUUUUAGUGUAUUGCUUUUACCAAACCAUAUUUCGCCUAUAUCUCCGUAUUCCCUAAAAUUAUCAAGUUCUUCCGAAUAAAUCCUUUCCCAACUAAAACAUAAUCGUGUUAUAAAGUAAUGCUUAUCGAGUGUUUCAUAUUUACGAAUACGGUUACUCCCGAGGGGGUUAUCGCGGCGACAGCAGAGAGCGUCUGCCGCGCUCUAGGUAUCGAACGUGAGUGGCGCGGUGCUGGGUACCGCGACGCUUAUAUAAAUGCGCGGAGUCGGCAAGAGCGCUCAGUAUGUGUCAUGCUUUGCGAGUGCGAGCGUCGUCCGUGAUGGCGGCUCGAGUGCGGUUGAAGAUGCAAUGCGGCACCGUCGUAUUGCUACUCGUUGUCAUCAUCGUGGUGUGUGGUGUGGAUUUUGUGUGUGGAAUGUUCGAGCAUCGUCACUGCAAUCAUCAGCAUCCUCGGGCACACGAGGUUAUUCACGGUGUUCACAUAGAAGCAGCGCAUGAAGUAAGAAAACGUAGUAUCAGUCAACCGGUUAGAAUCCUGUUAUCGUACGACGAAAGCGUUUACAGGUUGGACGACGAAAAACUGGAUCUCAUCAACAAUACCAUUUUACCCGAAGCAGUGCACUUUUGGGAGCGGGCACUCAUGGUCCGCGAAACAAAAAGCACUAUUAGAUUAAGCAGGAAAUGCGAAAGUAGCCAAGUGUUCGUUAAAGAUCAUCACACUCACUGUAUAGAUACCUGUCGGCCCAUUACGAUGUGCGGCGAAGUUGUCGUACCCGAAGAUCAUCUCGACGUUUGUAGAACGUGUAACGCAACAGGGCAUAAUUGCGGUAUAGCCGAAGGAAGCAAGGCAGGCCCCGGUAUAGACGGAGCCGAUUUUGUUUUCUACGUAUCCGCGAUGCAAACCGAAAGAUGCCAUAAAGGAUUAACCGUGGCUUACGCGGCCCAUUGCCAACAAGAAGCGGCAUUGGACAGACCGAUUGCUGGUCAUGCCAAUCUAUGCCCGAAAAGCAUAAGCACGAAGCCACAAGAGCUCGAAACUUUGCUAAGUACGGUAAAACACGAAAUAUUACACGCCUUGGGAUUUUCCGUCAGUUUGUACGCCUUCUAUCGGGAUGAAAAUGGAGAACCUAGAACUCCGAGAAGAAGCGACACGGGGAAACCAUUCUUAAACGAAAAGUUACAAACGCAUCAAUGGAGUGAAAACACGAUUCGAACCGUGGUCAGGCCAUAUUGGCAAGUGCAUGGAGGCUACGUAGAAAGAUCGAUACAAAUGAUAGUGACACCGAGAGUUCGUGCCGAAGUUCAAGCUCACUUCAAUUGUCCGGAGCUGGAAGGCGCGGAGCUAGAGGAUCAGGGGGAAGAUGGCACGGCAUUGACACAUUGGGAAAAAAGAGUGUUCGAGAACGAAGCAAUGACGGGGACACAUACUCAAAAUCCAGUUUAUUCAAGGAUAACACUUGCUCUUAUGGAAGAUACCGGAUGGUAUAGCGCGAAUUACUCGAUGGCACAAGAAUUAGGAUGGGGUAGGAAUCUUGGCUGCAAUUUUUCGAUGAAGUCGUGUAAGGAGUGGAUAUCUUCAAAAUCGUUUCGGUUAUCGGGAAAGUCUAUUCAUCCGUUUUGUAACAAAGUGAAACAAGAUCCAUUACAGACCGAGUGUACCGAUGACCGAAGUUCAGUAGCAUUGUGUAACUUGAUCAAAUACUCGCAACCUCUACCUAAGAAAUAUCAGAACUUUGACUUUAUACCUCACGUGCCAGCUGGAGAGGAACAAUACUACGGUGGUUCGGUAUCUCUAGCGGAUUAUUGUCCAUACAUUCAAGAGUUUACGUGGAGAGCUCGAAAUAUAGUAGUUAGAGGCUCUCAUUGUCUCUACGAAGAGAAUAAUCCUCAUCCGGACAAAAAUUUUGCUUUAGAAAAAUACGGCCCACAUUCGAGAUGCUUUGAUCAUACGAAUCAAAUGUGGGAAGAAAGAACGUGUAAACAAGCUAGGCAAUGGCAACAUUGGGGUUCCGGAUGUUAUCGAUAUAAAUGUGAAGUUGGUAGAUUACAUAUUAUAGUCGCAAAUUACACGUACACGUGUUAUCACGCUGGCCAAGAAAUUGCAAUCAGAAUAAUACAAAAUGACUGGCUUCAUAAAGGAGCUCUAAUUUGCCCUCCAUGUAGAGACAUUUGUCAGGCGGAAUUAAAAGAGAAACACGAAUAUUGCAAGCCGGGAGAUGAACAUCCACCGUCAACGUAUUAUCACAGAGACAAUUUAUAUUGUGCAUCCGCGGCAAAAUUUACAAAUUUAUCCUUACCAUUCCUUACUUUAAUUUAUUUCUUUGUUUUUAGAUGAUAUGUCGUGGAACUUAGGUAAUAUUUUCAUCGAUAUUAAAACUAGUUGACAAAUUGUAAUAACGCAUCGUUGAAACGUCGUUUCUGAAUUCGCAUUUUUGAAUUACGAUACGUAUGUAAAUAUUAGCGUAAUGCUCAUGGAAAUAUCUUUGAAACCACGUACGUGAGACGUUUCGCGAUAUGAUUCGUAUCUGAACCGAGGUGACAAUUCUAUUUUCACCAUUUAUCGUGUAAAAAGUAUUUUCUUAACAAUUUUAUAUAUCAGCAAAUAUAAAAAUACGCAAAAUACGAGUUUAAAGAUAAACUCGUUUAAACUCAUAUUUUAUAUUUUCCAUUUUAUUUUUGUUAAAGUCUCUGGAAAAAGAGACAGGCAAUACAUCCUAUUUACCAUGGUUAAUGUUCGGUCCCCUGUUCGUACUCGUAACGUUAAAAAGACUACAAUCUCGCUCGUUUAUAAAAUGGCGAUAAUAUCUAGUUCCCGUAAAUCGUAUUCUGGUGUGUAUCUGUAUUCACAAUAGAUACGCUCAAGACCGAUAUUCUCUCGAUACUGACGGCCGUCUUGAUCAUCGCGUCUGCCUACUUUGUCGAUUGCCUCGUUCCCCCCCCCCCCCCCAAUUCCCUCUUCCCCCGCUCCCCCCCCCCUCUUCCCCUCCGUCAACAAUGUACUCAAUCCCAUCUCCACUACCCUUAGCAAAUAGUUCAUUUUUCGGUUCACUGGCUUUCUCCAAUCUUACCUCCUUCUGAGUUGUGCAUUCCAUGUAUUUCCUUCCGAACCAGAGUUUUCAAUCCAUUAACCACUGCUUCGGAUGACCACUAUGACGACAUUGUCUAUUGACUUGUCCGAUCUCUAGUCGUAAAACGCGAUCUAUUUCUUUUCUUCCACUUUCUUUUUUUUUAUUGUUGAAAGGGGAGGGGGGAAGUUAAAAUAAUUAUGCACUUCCAUCUGUACCAAUGGGAGAUUCACCAAGGCCUACAACGAAUUCGAUAUAUUCGCUAAAAAAUUCCUUUUCAUACGCCUCCCUUGAAUCGCAAAAAUUUUUAUUAUCUCGGAAAUAAUUAUAAAUUAAUUAAUUUCUGAGAUCUAAGCAAUCGAUAGUUUCAGAUUAUUAGUUUUAUUAUUUAAAGUUUUAUUAUUAUGUCAUUAAAAGAGAAUAAAUUAAUUAAUACAUCCAGGUUUUUAUUGAUAAAAUCGUAUUUGAAUAAUCUUCUCCAAUAUCUCCUCUUUCGAUUCGUCAUUCGAUGUGAUAAAAAAAUCUGUUAUACAAAUUUCAAUCGUUAUUCGAUUCUCUUUUCGCUUUGUUAUCAACUCGGAAGAAUACUGAACAUGUAUAUCUCGAUAUUACCUGUGUUUCUAUAUCAUUCUAUCGAUGCAUAUCGUCGCAUGUCACUUCCAUGUUUAUAGCUAUGUUUAUCUCGAAUCAGUUGAUACUUCCUUUAAGGAAAUAGGUUGCCGUGUAUAUAGAAAAAGCUUCCCUCGAUGAGCCGUUACUGUUUGCGUUAAUAUCCGCUCGAUCGUUGUCUCGAUGUCAUAUUUGCGUUUAUCGGCAAAUUACCGCGAUCGAUCGUCAUCA